GGCGGGCGGGGAGGCGGUCGCGGGCGGAGUCGGCGGCUGGGGCGUUGCUGCAGGGGUCCCAGCGGGUCCCACUGCCCCUCGCAGUACGCAGAGCGCAUGGCUUGGGUUCAGAGUGUUUUCCGCGCCCUGCGCAGAUCGCUGUCAAAGGAAGUGAAGAAGCAGGUGGGCACAGACCGGUUCGGUAACAAAUACUACUAUAUCCCGGAGUACAAGAACUGGAGAGGACAAACUAUUCGAGAGAAAAGAAUUGUAGAAGCAGCAAAUGAAAGAGAAGUAGACUAUGAAGUAGGGGAUAUACCAACAGAAUGGGAAGCUUGGAUUAGAAGAACAAGAAAGACUCCACCUACUAUGGAGGAAAUACUAAAAAAUGAAAAAUAUAGAGAAGAAAUUAAAACAAAAAGUGAAGAUUAUGAAAAAGAAGAAAAACUCCUUAGUAAAGAAAGCAAUGAAGGACACCUGGCUCCACCACUUCAAACUCAGAUUAAAGGGCAUGCCUCUGCUCCACCCUUCGGAAAGGAAGAACCCUCAGCGGCUCCAACCAGCACUGGUAAAACCUUUCAACCAGGAUCCUGGAUGCCACAAGAUGGCAAGAGAGACAAUCAAUAAAUGCACUGUGAUAGAAUCAUUUAUGUGACUGUUUAACAAAUAAAAGUAAAAAGUUACUUUGUA